AUUCUACUUCCGGUAGUUGCAUUCGUGGGAUUCCAGAUAUAAAUAUUGUUUACUGCUGCUCGUUUAAUUUCCUUUUGCCUAAAAUGUUCUGGCAAUACUUCUCUGAUCGUUAUUGCUGUUAUAGUCCAACAUAAUAGCAAAGACAGAGUUCAAUUGCUGGAAUCUUAUUUACUCUUUCUUUGCUUUCCAUCACUAUUUUCAUUUUCUCCCCGUUUGUUUUAUGUUAGCUACGAUCUGGAUUUACAAUUCACAUUGCCGAUGGAUGGUAUGGAAGACAGUGGCUUUGAUAGUGAUCCUAAGCCGGUUACACAAACAGAACAGCUGAAAAAAAUAGAGAAUUCUAAUCAUGCAAAGAAUGGUGCACAUAUAAAAGCCUUAAAGAAAGCAUCAGAAUUGCAGAAAAAGAUUGAAAGGCAAAGAGAUGCAUCACGAAAAACACAAAAUUUGGCAAUUGACCAACAACCCAAAAGAUCUUUCUUAGCCCGAAAUAGGUCAACUGUUUCCAAGAACGACAGCAGUGGUCCAUUUAACCAAGACCAGCAGCCUUUAGUUGCGAUUAUGUCAGAUGACAGGUGAGUUUUGACUGCUGCUG